GAUCCGGUUUAGAAAACCGGGAAGCCCUCCAAAGCGGUGGGGUUAACCGGGUAAGAGGCAAAGUCCAUAAAUAUUACUAAGAAAAGAAAGUGUUGAUAUUGUGUUAAAGAAGAGAAGAAGAAGAUGUAUGUGGUGGAGAGCAAAGCAGGAGCUAUAGGAUGUAUGAUACUUUCGUUGUGUUGUUUGGGAAGUUGGCCAGCGAUUUUGACUCUGUUGGAGAGAAGAGGUCGUCUUCCUCAACACACUUUUCUUGAUUUCACAACCGCUAAUCUCUUGGCCGCAAUCGUGAUCGCUUUUUCGCUCGGUGAGAUUGGGAAAAGCACGUUCCGGACACCUGACUUUACCACUCAGCUCCCUCAGGAUAACUGGCCGUCAGUAUUGCUUGCAGUCGCAGGCGGUGUGCUUCUUAGCGUCGGGAAUUUAGCGACUCAAUACGCUUUUGCGUUUGUUGGUUUAUCGGUUACUGAAGUUAUAACCGCAAGCAUCACCGUCGUCAUUGGUACAACGUUGAACUAUUUCUUGGACGACAAGAUAAACAAAGCAGAGAUUCUCUUCCCCGGUGUAGGUUGCUUCUUGAUCGCUGUUUUCCUCGGUGCUGCGGUUCAUGCUUCUAAUGCAGCAGAUGUUAAAGCGAAACUCAAGUCUUUACCUAGCGAGUAUAAAGAUGGGACAGAAGAUUUCUAUUCUUCCAUUAAAAAUGGUGAAGACAACCCCGAAAAAGAGAAAACUGAUGUCGAAUCUCAAGAGAAACAAGCGGGAAAGGCGAAAGCAGGGACGGCAGGAUUCUUUGUAGAGCUAGAGAACAACAGGGCAAUCAAGUUUCUAUUACAUUGACCAAAGAGAAAAAAAAAAACACAAAAACACCCGAAAUCCCGAACUCAAAGUUCGAAACUUAAUUUUGUAAAGAUGAUUACAUAGCAAAGGAGAGUAUAUUACUACAGUAUGUGGUGUUUAAAACGUAGUUAUUGGCAGGUGUUUGGAAAGAGCAUAAUGAUCGGACUAUUCAUAACGCUCUUUGCGGGAAUCUGCCUUUCUCUAUUCUCUCCUGCAUUCAAUUUGGCAACAAACGAUCAGUGGAGUACAUUGCCAAAAGGCGUACCUAAGCUCGUUGUCUACACCGCCUUUUUCUACUUCUCCGUCGCGGGUUUUCUCAUCGCUUUGAUUCUGAACCUCAUCUUUCUUUACCGGCCUAUGGUAGGCUUAGCGAAGUCAUCUCUUAAGAAGUAUGUACAUGACUCUAAAGGUAGAGGUUGGGCUGUUUUUGCUGGAUUCUUGUGUGGUUUUGGUAACGGUUUGCAGUUCAUGGGAGGUCAAGCCGCUGGAUACGCGGCUGCAGACUCUGUUCAGGCACUUCCUCUUGUGAGCACAUUUUGGGGUAUAGUUUUGUUCGGAGAGUAUCGUAAAUCAUCGAAGAGAACCUAUGCGCUUUUGGUGAGCAUGUUGAUCAUGUUUGUUGCGGCCGUGGCGAUUCUCAUGGCAUCUUCAGGUCACCGGAAAUAAUGAUGAGCUUUUUGUUAGUUCAAUUAUAGUCACUUGAGCAUGUUCAAAACAAUUUAGAAAUAAGUAACAAAUAUAUCAGAUGUCUUUGUUUAUUUUA